CAACAGUCACGUGAUCCCGGCCAGCUGUUAGCAGGGGCGGCUGGGCUGAGAGCCGGGAGUCUAAGAAGGGGGAAGCGCCCGGCGGCCGCCUCCGACACUGCAGCAGCAGCCCCCGAUGUCGCCGCAGUAAUCUGGCCGCUGCGCACUCGCACCCUCCGCGGUCACAGCGACGCACCGCAGGGCCGAGCCGGAUCCCGCGGCCCCGCAGACUUUGAAAUCCUGCUUCCUCCUGUCCCUGGGCUUCUGCUGCCUAUGUCCUUGUCCUGGUCAAGUGACCUAGCUGAUUUGUUGACCAAGCAGAUGCCAGCUGAAGAAUAGGAUGGCCGGAGCUCCUCCAAGUUACUGCUUUGUGGCCUUCCCGCCGCGUGCUAAGGAUGGUCUGGUGGUGUUUGGGAAAAAUUCAGCCCGGCCCAGAGAUGAGGUGCAGGAGGUUGUAUAUUUCUCCGCCGCUGAUCAUGAACCAGAGAGCAAGGUUGAGUGCACUUACAUUUCAAUUGACCAAGUUCCAAGGACACAUGCCAUAGUGAUAAGCAGACCUGCCUGGCUCUGGGGGGCAGAAAUGGGAGCCAAUGAACAUGGUGUGUGCAUAGCCAAUGAAGCCGUCAACGCCAGAGAACCAGCUGCUGAGACGGAAGCCUUACUGGGGAUGGAUCUGGUCAGGCUUGGUUUAGAAAGAGGGGCAACAGCUAAAGAAGCCUUAGAUGUCAUCGUCUCUUUGUUGGAAGAACAUGGACAAGGUGGGAAUUAUUAUGAAGAUGCGAACUCCUGCCAUAGCUUCCAAAGUGCGUAUCUGCUUGUGGAUCGGGAAGAAGCCUGGGUGCUUGAGACCGUAGGGAAGUACUGGGCUGCUGAGAAAAUCACAGAGGGAGUGAAGUGCAUCUGCAAUCAGCUUUCCCUCACUACGAAGAUGGACGCGGAACAUCCUGAACUCAGGACUUACGCUCAGAGUCAAGGCUGGUGGACGGGAGAGGACGAGUUCAAUUUUUCCCAGAUUUUUUCUCCAGCGGAUGACCAUCUAGACUGCUGUGCAGGCAAAGACAGCUUAGAAAAGCAAGAAGAAAGCAUCACUGUACAGACAAUGAUUGACAUCUUACGGGACAAAGCCAGUGGAGUCUGCAUAGACUCUGAAUCUUUCCUCACCACAGCCAGUAUAGUAUCUGUCCUGCCUCAGAACAGAAGCUCACCGUGCAUUCACUACUUCACUGGGACCCCAGAUCCUUCCAGGUCCAUUUUCAAGCCUUUCAUCUUUGUUGAUGAUGUAAAACUCGUUCCCAAAGCACAGUCUCCCUGUUUUGGGGACGAAGACCCUGCUAAAAAGGAACCUCGGUUCCAGGAGAAACCUGACCGCCGGCAUGAGCUCUACAAGGCCCACGAGUGGGCACGUGCUGUCAUCGAGAGUGACCAGGAGCAGGGUCGAGUGCUGAGGAAGACCAUGCUGGAGCUGGAGAAGCAAGGCCUGGAAGCCAUGGAAGAAAUCCUGAGCAGUCCCGAGCCCCCAGACCCCGCCGAGGUGGGGGACCUUUUCUAUGACUGUGUUGACACAGAGAUUAAGUUCUUUAAGUGAAGUAAGCAUUCCCUUUCCCCUUCUUAUUUAAAACUUCCCACCUGACUAAAUUACCAGCAAAACAAACCACUCUCCUGUUUGAGUAAAAUGAGAAAGUUAUCAGGUGGUCUCCUUUUCUGAAGCCAGAUCCAACUGUUACCUUGUCUCUCUAAAUGUCCCCUUCUCAGUCGUUGUAGGUCCCCUUCCUUUGCUAUGUAACAUGUAUCCCCCUUGCCUCUCGUUCAGUUGUGUGACAAAUUGUGGAUCUGAAGCUGCUAUUCUUGUAUUUCAGUGACAAUGGACACAUUAGCCUUUUGCAGGACUAGAGUUCAUGGAGCCUUGAAAGACAGGCUCCACAGUGCUGAGUUGGUGGGAAAAGCAAGCUCUUUUGAAGUCUUAGUCUUUCAGUACCCAUUUCUUCCAGGUUGACAAAAGGUGUUUGUCUGCCCACACAGGCUCCUGUGUGUGGACUGGAGGGAGAACUGCCCUGACUGCCCUUCACUUGGGCACAUGCCUGUGUACACUACACUUUCCACAGGUGUUCCCUGGGGAACAAAGCCAAUGGGAGGGAAUAAAGGGGCCUCUAAGCAGCCCCAGCUCUGUCACAGUGCCCAUGAUCCCCAAAGGGCAGAUUGCAUGUGUUGUACUCGCGUAUGGUGAACCCAGCUCUGCGUCAUGUGCAGGAGGCUGGGCAGCCCUGUUAGCCAGAGCCUACACCUUAGAGAUGCAGGAAGCCAUGCCAGUGACCUCAAAGGAUCGCCAAGUGAGUCUCCCCAAAGGCAUGCUGCUCUCCCUACAGAGUGGUGCACCCACCAUGUACGCGUGGCCUUGUGUAGGGACGACUCCUGGUCUAGUUACCAACAUCUAAUCCAGGAUUCAUUCAGUGGACCUGCGGCACAGUCCCACCCCAUACAACUGUGACUCUCAGCUAAUGAGGGAAAGAAAAGGAAAAAAAACUUGACUGUUUAGAUUGCAGUUGAAGUCGCUGGAAUUCGAGCAGUUGCUACUUUAUCUCAGCAGAGAGACUCUAAUUAAGCUGAUCUGCUUCCAACAUCAUAUCCACAUAAAGGAUUUGACCCACUAUAGAGCAUAGAAAAGCAUGCGAGGAAGACCAGGUGGGCUCUGGAGUGGGCAUUCAGAGGGCAAGAAGGUGACAGACAGAUACAAGAGCACUUUUCUGCAGGGUCACAGUCCAACCCCAACCCUCCUGCCCAGCCUGUCAGAAUCUGUUGUGUCUGAAGCAGGUGACCUCCUGGAUCUUCCCCCUUAGUCCUCAUGCCCUGCAGUUUCUUCCAGACGGUAGUGGAAGUGGGUGGGAGGUGGUGGAGCUUACCUACAUUUAUUGAAACUCUUCUGCAACUCCUGAAAUGGCAAGGGGACAGAGAUGACUGAUAGGAGUGUGUGUGAAUAGGGCAGCCAGUGGGAGAGUGCCAUUUGGGCCCAAUAAUGCUUCAUCAUCCUUGAUAUGAUUCUAGCAAAUGGGAAUAUUGAAUCAGUAGACUUGGAAAUGACUCGAUUAGUCAUUCCUCAGCAGCUAUGUCCAUGAGGGAUGGAAGAGAUACAGCCUCUCAUUAUGUGGUUGGGAAUGUCAAGGAUCAGAGAUUUUUAAUGAUUUUCUUUUCCUUUUU